AUGUCGGUGGUCCUGCUGCAGCUUGGACAGUGCGGCAACCAGGUCGGCCAGGAGCUGCUCGAACUGGUCAGUACGGAUGGCCGGAAUGACCCGGGCCGGCCUGAUAGUUACCGAGCCAUUUCUCUGGAGCGCUUUUUCCGACAGGAGGCCGGGACCGAUGCAGUGCCGAUUGCUCGGGCUGUUCUUGUGGACAUGGAGCCAAAGGUAAUCAGCCAAACUUUGGCCAAAGCUAUGAAGUCAGGACAGUGGAGUUAUGGAAAUCAUUCCUACUUCUGCCAAAAACAAGGAUCUGGAAACAAUUGGGCAAAUGGAUUCUGUAUCCAUGGUCCUCGGCAUGAAGAAGCUGUGCUAGAUUUGGUCCGAAGAGAGGUGGAGCAGUGUGAGAGAUUUGGUGGCUUUAUUGCAAUGAUGAGUCUGGCUGGAGGUACUGGCUCUGGCUUGGGGACUUAUAUCACUCAGUGUUUACGGGACAUGUAUCCAAACUCGUUCAUAUUGAACCAGCUCACCUGGCCUUAUGGAACUGGAGAGGUUAUUGUCCAGGAUUAUAAUGCAGUGCUGACGCUGUCCCACUUGUAUAAGACUUCUGAUGCACUUCUGAUUCAUGAGAAUGACACUGUUCACAAGAUUUGCUCUCAGUUGAUGAACAUAAAGCAGAUUUCCUUCACAGACAUCAACAAAGUCAUUGCUCACCAGCUCGGGAGUGUCUUACAGCCAGUAUGCACCAGAUGGAGUAUUUCAGAAUAUGGCACAAAUCCCCUUGGUGAUCUGCUAGAAAGUUUGGUCACACAUCCAGAGUAUAAACUACUAAGCCUGAUGAACAUCCCUUUGAUGUCUGACAAGUCUCUGCAAUUCAGUACGUUUACUUGGCCAGCUCUUAUGAAGAAUCUGCGACAAAUGCUGAUUGCCAAUGCCAAAAUGGAAGCAGGUAUUGAUUGGCAAAUGAAACUGCCUCCAGCAGGCCAUCCUUCAGUUUCAAAACCUUUCUCAGACAGGAAAUUAUGCUUCAAUACCUCUCUGGCCAACCUCCUGGUAUUGCGAGGGAAGGAGGUAUUUCAAGCUGACACUGAUGGUUUUAAAGAGCAGGCACUUUACACCUCAUGGAUGCCUGCUGAUUCUGCCCUCAGCGUAUGGAGAACUUCCACAACUUUUAGCAAGUAUGAAAAAUCAGCCAGUAUUGUCAGCAACAGCCAGUGUCUACAGAAAUCCCUGGAUAGGAUCGUGACAAAAGCUUGGGACAUGUUUGCUUCACGAGCGUAUGUACAUCAGUACAUGAAACAUGGAAUCUCAGAAGAGGACUUUCUGGAUUGUUUCACAACUGUAGAACAGGUCAUUGCAAGUUAUUCUAGCCUUGGAUGAUAUAUCAUACAUGAUCUGAGUUAUUACUGUAAAUGAUGUAUAAUCAUGUAUAAAUUGUAUAUGAGCUGGGAACAUUUGCCUGCUCCUUGUGACUCAGUAGAGGAUUCCAGAAUAGCUUGACUCACCCACGUUUUAUGACUGCUUUAGUCUCCAAUAAUUAAAAACCACUGAAUCUUCUGAAUAGAUCGUUGUUGUAUUUAAAUGUUGUAUUUAUCACAGAAUAUAUUGCAAGCAUUGUUACAGACUCUUUAGAGACUGAUAUAUUUAAAAAAGAACAAAUCCCUGCAAUGUCAGCAGAAAGAAACACUGCUGGAAAAGAUGUCAUCUGUCAAAAUUUUCCUGUGAGAAACUAACUAAGUCAGCAUAAUUCAGACAGUAACCUGCCCAGUCUGAGAACUAAUAUUGCCAGUUGACUGUUCUUGUUACAUCUAUACGCCAAUGAUAGUCAAACUAUUCAUCAAAUUAACAUCACUUUCUUCAA